AUGUAAAAAGAGAAAGAAGAAGUAUAAUCUCCAGAUCCUUUGAAUAAAUCAUAAUCAAAUUCAAAAUCAAGAUUGAAUUCUGAAUAAUCAUCUUAAAAUUUGAAUUCUCCAAAAGAAAUAAAAUCAUAAGAGAAUCCAAGUAAAGAAAUUUCAUAAAUAAAUUCUAUUGAAAAAGAGCAUUUACAUGUUGAAUAAGAGUAAGAACUAAAUCAAGAGUAAUAAUUAUUAAAAGAAGAACGAGAUUAAGUACCUUAAUAAAUUGUUUAAUAAAAUAAAGGAUAAGAUCAAAAUUAAAAUAGAAAAAGUUUAGCAAGCUUGAGAAAACAACGAAUAUCAAUUUUAAAUAAUGCUCAUCGUUUUAAAGGAAAGGAUUAAAAAGUUAGUUAGACUUCUUUUACUUCCUUUACUUCUUUAUCACCUGAUUCUCCAGACACUUAAGGAAAUAAGAGAUAGAGUAAAAUGUAAUUGACUCAAAGAUAAUUGGAAUUAGAGGAAUUAGAGAAAUUAGAGAAGAAGGAUGAAGCAUAAAGAGUUAAAUUAAUUGAGUGGUUAAAAACUGAAUUUAUGUUUAAAUAAAUACAUCCUUUUGAUUUGUUUACAGCAUUUGAUGAUACUAGUACAGAGUUUUAAUUACGUUAAAGUGAAUUAGAAUAAGCAUUUAAAUAUUUAAACAUCGACGUUGGUGAGGAUAAUUAUCGAAUACUCAAUAAAUAUUAUAAAGUUAAAGAUGCAAUAAGUACUUUGAGGUUAUGUUAUCAUAUUGUAGAAGAUUUACCUGAAUUAAUGUUUAUGACAAUAAAUCAUAUAAUCAUUAAGUAUCGUAUAUUGAUUGAAAUCUUUUUUGAUGAAAUUACAUAAUCAGAAAAAUUAUUUACAUCAGAUUCUCUUAAAUUAUUGAAUAAAGAAUUUGAAUGGGGAUUUGAAGAGAAGCAAAUGUCUGUUGCACAUAAUUUAAUGACAGAUUAUGGAAAUACAUCAAUCAAUCUUUAAUUAUUUAAGCAAAAGCUUUAGUCAUGUCCUUAAGCAAUUGAUUCUAAAUUAAAUAAUGAAAUGUAUUAAUCAAUUGUUAAUAUGAUAAUUUAGAAUGAUUCUAUUGUAACAUUCAGUUUAUUGCUGUAAGAUUAAGAUUAAGCAUCAUCAGGAGAAGUUGCUUUAUAUAUUUUCACUGAUAUCUUAUCUAUGUAUAUUGAUAGAGCAUUAUCAAGAAUUGAAUUGAAUGCAAUAAGAAUAUUUCUUUAGGUUGAAAGGGAUGAAGAAGUUGUAACAUAUAAUAAAUUGCUAACUGAUGCUCUUAAAAUCAUAGAAGAUUAAAAGACUAUACGAUAAUAAUAAUCUGCAAAAAUAUAGAAAUUCUAGUUGUAAUUAAUGUAAUUGUACUUUAAUUCAAUUGAUAAUGUGUCUUAGUUAUAAGAGUAAUAUUUUAAAGACAAGAACAAAAUGACUAGGGAGCAAUUUAUUAAAUAGACGUUCUAAAUAACAAAUGGUAAAAUAGAUAAAGAAAGUGCAAAUUAUAUUUAUUAAAUGAUUUUGGAAAGUAAAUUGGAUCAGAAAAACAUUAUGGUUAAUGAUUUAGAAUUUGAUUAGUUUAUGAAGAAGAAAAAGUAAGAGUUAUCAAUUUAGGAAAAAGCAGAUUAAAUUAAUUCUCCUUUGAAUUAAGAAUAGUUUAGAGAGUUAUAUGAAUUAUAAAAGAAUUUGAAUAAAAAAUCGUUAUAACGAUUAUCAGUAUAAAUCAUAUAGAGUCCAAAGUCUUCGGAUAAAUCAAAUUAAAAUUCUCCUGAGAAAUCGGACUUAAAAAGAGUUUCAUUUAAGAAAUUUCCAGAUUAGAAGGAAGUUCAAUAAGAUUAAGAAAUAAAAUAAGAAGAGAAAGCAUUAAUUUCUACAUAAUAAUUAAAAUUAGAUGUUUAUUAAUAUUUUGAAGAUUUGGACACAAUUUAAUUAAAAUAUUUGACUCAAUAAUAGAUGUUUUUUGGUUUAUUAAAAGUAGGGAUAUUAAUAAAAGGUUAAACUUUAAUGUAAUAAAAAUCAUAUGAUUUUGGAGGAUUUGAGAAAUUUGUAUUGUUGUAAAUGAAGACAUUUUAUAAUUCUUAAAAAUUGAUAUACUAAUUGAAAUAAGAAUUUGAUUAAUAUAAGGAUUCAGAGACUGAUGUAGUAAAUAUGCAAUAAUUGAAGUAAAUAAAAACUGAUUAAAAAUUAGGUAAUUAUUUGAGAAAGUGAAUUUGAAUGUAAAAUUUGAAGAUGUGAUAUUUAUAUAUUAGACUUUAGAUAGAUAGAGAAGUGGUUAUAUAAAAUUGGAAGACUUUUUUUAUUUGAUUCAUUAACAUCCAUUGAUAGAUUAUAGAUUAAAUGAGUUAUUAUUUCGAGUAAAUGCUAAAUCAAUAAUUAGAUGAAAGGUUACUAUGAGAAUUCAUUAAGAGCAUAAAGAGUGUUUUAUUAAAAAAUGCCAUUUAAUUACAUAAGACCAUUUACAAUAAAGGCAAAUCCACCAAGUUAUUCAUUUAGAUUUAGACCUAAUGUAUUGGGGAAAUUUGAGGUAGAAUAAAAAGGGAAAGCAUGGAAUGUAUAUAAGAUAAAGAUAUUAUCUGGAGAAGGUAUACCUUCACCAGAAGAGAAGAAGAAUUGUUUCAGAAGAGAAGUGAUUGUAGGAAUAUAUGAUAAGUUUUAUAAAGAGUUUAUAGAGAAUACAGUGAUAGUGAAAGCAAAGUAUUAGAUGGAGAAUGAAGAUAUAUGGGAAUUUCCAUCAAGGAAUAGGAAUAAUGGUUUUUUUUUGAAUUGUGAGAGAUAAAAUAAUGAUUUGCAUUUAGUGUUGAUAUUUGAAUUGAUAAGUUAUUAUUUAGAGAAUGGAGUAGUAUAGAAGGUAAGUUGUGGAUUUGUAGAGAUUCCAAUAUCUCAUAUAAUAUAAUAAGGAACAUUUGAUUUAGCAUUAAAAGGAGGAUUUAUAGAAUAGGAGAUAGCAAUAAAUAGGAGUGAUAUAAGAUGUAGAAGAGGAGGGUUUGCAAAUAUAGUUGCAAAACUAAAGGGAGAAAUUCAACCACAUUUAACAAUAAGUUCUACAAAACGUUCUCGCAGACCUGGAUUGCUUAUAGAAUUAGAAACAAUGGCUCCAUUAUGUUUAUGUCAUAGAAAUAUGACUUAAAUAAUUUAUGCUUAUAAAAGAUUUUCUAGAGAUAUCUUAGAAGAGGAAGGAGAUGUUCAUAUCUAAUCAUUGAAUAUGUUUCUAUUUUCACUUGAUUGUCCAUAUAUUAAUAAUAGAAUCUGUAAAUUAUGGAUUCGUACUAUUAAAGGAAAGAUGAUUGGGAAAGAGAAGAAUGUAUUUUCUAUUCUUAUUGGAUAAUUACAAAAAUUAAUGAAAAUGAAAUCUUUUAAUUUCAACCCUUAUUCACCUCAAGAAAUCUUCCCUCCUGAUGUAGGAAGAGUAAAAAAAGAUGUUGUUAAAUCAGUACUCUUAAAUACUGAAUUCUUAAUUGAUUCCUCUUUCGAAAACAAAUUAAAUCUACCUGGAGACAAGAUUUUAGAUGAGUAAAUCUAGAAAUAUGGUGAAAUAUAAGAAUAAGGAGUAUUUGAUAAUGAAUAGAAUCCAUUUGAUCCUUAUAAGAAUGGACUUAAUUUAAAGGGAUAUGAACCUUAUGUAGAAUAAAUCCAAUGA